GUUUAGGAGUUGAGGAAAGAAGAUUAAAGAGCGCGAGGAGAUCUCACAGACCAGUGGAAUAAAGGCCUUUUGCAUAUGAAGAUCAGGUGACAAGUUAACUGGCUACCAGCCUCCAAAGCAAUACGCCCUUUCAUGUCACACAAAAAGAAGUGUUAAGAAUUGCCCUUUGAGACUCUGAAGACUAAAGAGUACCUGAUAAAUUGCAAGUCUGUUUGUACCCCAUAGCUGCACAGACUGCCUGAAGUUACAUUUAGAGACUGAAAUCACUGCACCUUAAAAACAAAAGAUUGAGCUGCACUGCAUUCUUAAUGUUUCACCAUCACUAACUGGAUUAUCCUCGUGACAUUGCCGUCUGUUCCUUGACCGUCAUUCUGUGGCCUGCCCCUUCUCUUUAUAUGCAGCCGCUCUCUGUUCCCUGCCCCAAUGAACAUCUGCACUAGGCCCAAGCCUUGGAGUGAUUUACCUGAAGAGUGACACCAUUUAUUUGAAAACUACUAUGAGGAAACUGAAGCCCAGAGAGGUGAAGUGAGGUGCCCAAGGCCACACAGCAAGUUAGAGGCACAGCUAGUACCAUAGCUCAAGUCUCCAGACUCCCAGUCCAGUGCUCCUCCCAUUACUCCACGGGUCCUGUCUCUAAGCUUCCUGACAAAUGCUAGAACGGAAGAAACCCAAGACAGCUGAAAACCAGAAGGCAUCUGAGGAGAAUGAGAUUACUCAGCCGGGUGGAUCCAGCGCCAAGCCGGGCCUUCCCUGCCUGAACUUUGAAGCUGUUUUGUCUCCAGGCCCAGCCCUCAUCCACUCAACACAUUCACUGACAAACUCUCACGCUCACACCGGGUCAUCUGAUUGUGACAUCAGUUGCAAGGGGAUGACCGAGCGCAUUCACAGCAUCAACCUUCACAACUUCAGCAAUUCCGUGCUCGAGACCCUCAACGAGCAGCGCAACCGUGGCCACUUCUGUGACGUGACGGUGCGCAUCCACGGGAGCAUGCUGCGCGCACACCGCUGCGUGCUGGCAGCCGGCAGCCCCUUCUUCCAGGACAAGCUGCUGCUGGGCUACAGCGACAUUGAGAUCCCGUCCGUGGUGUCGGUGCAGUCGGUGCAAAAGCUCAUUGACUUCAUGUACAGUGGCGUGCUGCGGGUCUCGCAGUCGGAAGCCCUGCAGAUCCUGACGGCCGCCAGCAUCCUGCAGAUCAAAACGGUCAUCGAUGAGUGCACGCGCAUCGUGUCGCAGAACGUGGGCGAUGUGUUCCCGGGGAUCCAGGACUCGGGCCAGGACACGCCACGGGGCACUCCCGAGUCGGGCACCUCGGGCCAGAGCAGCGACACCGAGUCGGGCUACCUGCAGAGCCACCCGCAGCACAGCGUGGACAGGAUCUACUCGGCGCUCUAUGCCUGCUCCAUGCAGAAUGGCAGCGGCGAGCGCUCCUUCUACAGCGGUGCGGUGGUCAGCCACCACGAGACGGCGCUCGGCCUGCCCCGCGACCACCACAUGGAAGACCCCAGCUGGAUCACGCGCAUCCACGAGCGCUCGCAGCAGAUGGAGCGCUACCUAUCCACCACCCCCGAGACCACGCACUGCCGCAAACAGCCCCGGCCGGUGCGCAUCCAGACCCUGGUGGGCAACAUCCACAUCAAGCAGGAGAUGGAGGACGACUACGACUACUACGGGCAGCAGAGGGUGCAGAUCCUGGAGCGCAACGAGUCCGAGGAGUGUACGGAAGACACCGACCAGGCCGAGGGCACCGAGAGUGAGCCCAAGGGCGAAAGCUUCGACUCGGGCGUCAGCUCCUCCAUAGGCACCGAACCCGACUCCGUGGAGCAGCAGUUCGGGCCCGGGGCGGCGCGGGACGGCCAGGCCGAAUCCGCGCAACCUGAGCAGGCCGCGGAAGCCCCGGCUGAGGGCGCCCCGCCGCCGCACCAGCUAGAGACCGGUGCCUCCUCCCCGGAAAGAAGCAACGAGGUGGAGAUGGACAGCACGGUGAUCACCGUAAGCAACAGCUCUGACAAGAGCGCCCUGCAGCAGCCUGCGGUCAACACGUCCAUCGGGCAGCCACUGCCAAGUACCCAGCUCUACUUACGCCAGACGGAAACCCUCACCAGCAACCUGAGGAUGCCUCUGACCUUAACCAGCAACACACAGGUCAUUGGCACAGCCGGCAACACCUACCUGCCGGCCCUCUUCACCACCCAGCCCGCGGGCAGCGGCCCCAAGCCUUUCCUCUUCAGCCUGCCACAGCCCUUGGCAGGCCAGCAGACCCAGUUUGUGACAGUGUCCCAGCCCGGCCUGUCAACCUUUACUGCACAGCUGCCAGCGCCACAGCCCCUGGCCCCAUCCGCCGGCCACAGCACAGCCAGUGGGCAGGGCGAAAAAAAGCCUUAUGAGUGCACUCUCUGCAACAAGACUUUCACCGCCAAACAGAACUACGUCAAGCACAUGUUCGUACACACAGGUGAGAAGCCCCACCAAUGCAGCAUCUGUUGGCGCUCCUUCUCCUUAAAGGAUUACCUUAUCAAGCACAUGGUGACACACACGGGAGUGAGGGCCUACCAGUGUAGUAUCUGCAACAAGCGCUUCACCCAGAAGAGUUCCCUCAACGUGCACAUGCGCCUCCACCGGGGCGAGAAGUCCUACGAGUGCUACAUCUGCAAAAAGAAGUUCUCCCACAAGACCCUCCUGGAGCGACACGUGGCCCUGCACAGUGCCAGCAACGGGACCCCUCCCGCAGGCACACCCCCGGGGGCCCGAGCUGGCCCUCCAGGGGUGGUGGCCUGCACGGAGGGGACCACCUACGUCUGCUCCGUCUGUCCAGCAAAGUUUGACCAAAUCGAGCAGUUCAACGACCACAUGAGGAUGCAUGUGUCUGACGGAUAAGUAGUAUCUUUCUCUCUUUCUUAUGAACAAAACAAAACAACAAAAAAGAAACAAACGAAAAAAAGCUAUGGCACUAGAAUUUAAGAAAUGUUUUGGUUUCGUUUUUACUUUCUGUUUUUGUUUUUGUUUCGUUUCAUUUUGUACUACAUGAAGAACUGUUUUUGCCUGCUGGUACAUUACAUUUCGGAGGCUCAGGGGAAUAAUAGUUCUCCCAGUCUCCCUCGGAUGGUGGCCUUAAGGCCUGGUAGUGCUUCAGGAGGUCCACUGGUUGGAUCUCUAGCUACUGGCCUCUAAAUACAACCCUUCUUUACAAAAAAAUCUUUAAAAAAAAAAGUAAAAAAAAAAAAAUUUUCUUUUUUCACUUGUGAAGAGCACUACAAAAAUAUAUAACAAAAUCUAAAAGGCCUACUGUCUUUAAGUACACCGCUUGCAGUGUUUCAGUGGACAUUUUCACAAUUCUGGCCGCUUGGACUUCACAGUAACCAGUUAAAACUGUGGAAUAUCACUUUCUGGUUGAAAACCCAGAGGAAAGGCCCUGCUGUUUUCCACCCCCAACGUUGUCUGAUUUCAUACAAGGGCUGCGGGUGUGGGAAGGGGCGUGGGUUUGGUGGUGUGGGAAAGGCAGACGGCAGGCUUCUCCCCCAGAUUCUGCUCGGUCCACACACCCUGGCCCACCUCCUCCAUGCCCCCCCCCUUUCAGCAGAAGCCAGGAAGACUUGGACAACCAUCAAGCAACAGUGGCUAUCGUAUUUAUUCAGUGUCUUCGCUGAGCCCCAGACUCAGCACAAUCAAGAGGGACUUUCAUGAAAGGCAGGAAUGCAGAUAAAACAAAGAUAUCAGAGGUUUGCACCUAUGUUUCUAGGUACAAGAGAAGGAUUAUUUCCAACAAUCUUUGCAAAAAACAAAAACAAACAAAAAAAA